AUUCUGUUUCUAUUAUCCGGGCUGUAUUCCAGACCUCAGGGAAAGCAGCUGUUAAUAUCAAGAAAGCAUUUAAAAAACGAAGCUUUGUUUUCUUUGACGGGACAAGGUAUGUGCUCCAAAUAUAAAGUCAAAUAGAAAGUUAACCGUCAUAAACUACGCCGCAUUGAAGGUGGUUUGCGUUUCCCGCACCGUCGGGCAGUUACUACUGCUGAUGACAUUUCAUGCGACGUAUCUGAGUAUUGAUCCUAGGCUGGGUGUAAGAUUGAUAUCGGAAGAUGCAUGAAAGAGAGUAUAAAUGGGGAUGUAGCUUUGACGAUUGACGGUCAAUUUUUUUCAAUUUUGACAGUUGGCGGUUAAAUUUUAGAGCUUUAUAGACGUUUAUUUGACGGUUAUUUAGUUCAAGAGUUAAAGUAAAUAUCAACAUCUGUAUAAGUUACCGUCGGUUGCAUCGAAGCUUGUACACGUGACGAAAAAACAUGUUCUAAUUGGGUGAAAACAUGUCAUGUUUUGCCGCCAAACUGUUGAAGUUUGGAGUGGCGUUAGACGAAGUAGGCAGCUGUUUGUCGGCUUGAUUUGUUUUCGAUCAACAAAUUUUUAACAGGGUGUUAAAAAGGAAAAAAGGGAUUUUAAGCCUAACUUACUGUUUUAAAAUGUGUUCUUUUUCUAAUUUUAGAUGUGCAACUUUUGACUAAUCGUGCGCCGAGGAAGCCUAGGGCCGAACCUGAGUCUGAACCGGAAGGAGAAUCCACCGGAAAUCAAGGUCACGCUUAUACAGAGCCCAACGCUGAAAGAACCUUAAACUCCACAGCCAUAAGCGAACCAACGGCAGAAAACUGGCCCGAGCCCGGUCCUCGCUGGAACUUGGCAUACAAGACUUGGGAAUGGGCCUGGGAACUACAUGUUUAUCUCUACGCAACAAUAUUUCUGACCAUUGGUUUGUACGCAAACUAUUACGUCAUCGCCAAUGUUUAUGAUGGUCUCCAAGGAAAGUACCUGAGCGUGAGCCUAAACAUCUUGGUGGCCUUUUUUGGGUACUCCAGGGCCUUUGUCAUGUUCUUGGACCCAUACCAUCAGGGGAGCAUUAUUCAUAAGACCGUGGUGAUGCGUGUUAUUUGGUCCUUAUCUGGGCCAUGUCUGACCGCGUCUGAUUGUAUGAUGAUUUUGGCCUUGAUUGAGACCGCGAAAAUUUCCAUCGCUCCACCGAAACUGCAGAAAGCAUGGGUGAACGUGGCCAUCAUUUGUUUUCAUUUUGCCCUUGUAAUAACCACUGACUGUGUGGUCUCAGAUCACGUGGAGGCUAAAGCGAUGCUAUUAUUUUGUCAGUUGUUUUUUGCUACGUGGGGCAGCGUUUUGGGAACAGUAAAUUUCAUUCUGGGAUAUAAACUUGACAAAAAACUCUUCAGCCAUAAAAAACCAAAAGAGAAAGAGGACAAAAUUUACAUCUAUCUUAUUUACGCCUCUGGUGCUGCAAACUACUUCUUGUGUGGGAUCGUAAUUUAUUCGGCGUUUGGCGUUUUUGGUGUUUAUUCAGAUGUAGAAUACGUGGACGCUUGGCCAUGGUGGACGUUUCAGACCCUUUCGCGUUUUAGUGAAAUCUUAGCGUGCGUGCUCAUAUUCACGGUGAGCGCGAAACGUACACGAGUAAAGCGGGCCGUAGCUAUGGUAACAGAUAAUAAAGAUUUUGAUUCAAUGGAGGCGAGAACUUCCUCGAAAUCGAAGUCGAGAAGAUGGACAGACUGCUUUAAACGUAAAAGGGCAUCUUCUACAGACAUGGGUAGCGUCGUUAGCUUGUACACUGCUCUCAGAGGAAUAGCUUUCGGUCCGUUUCAACACGUCGGGCCCGUUCCAGACUCGAUACCACGAAUUAGUAGAGAAUGCUGGAGUGAGACCACGACCACCAGUACUCGUACGCCUAUUCCUGGGACCCCAGAUUAUACCUCAACUGAUCAGAAAGUCGGCGAUAAACCCAAAGAGGCAGAUCGUCCAGGACUUGAAAUCCUUGACGUGAGGCGAGAGAGCAUGUUUACUGCUCUUCAUGAGCAAAAGCGAAAAAUCAGCUUGCAAAGGAAGUACUCAGCAGAUGAUGAUUUGUCUGAAGAUAUAGAAUCUGAAAAAGAUACUAAACGCCACUCAAAAAAUAGAAACAAAUCACAGAGGAAAAUUUCCACUUGCAAGGUUUCGCCCCUGUAGAGAAAUGGGCUCAAACCUGAAUAACCAAGACUACGCUUUUUACUUCAGUAUCUCAUGGACUCGGAAUCUGAGCUAAGCAAAUUACUUCCAAGCUAACAUUAUCUUUUCCCCCGUUCAAUUCUGCCAUUACUCUUUUAAUUCACUAGAAAAGUUUCUUUUUGACAAGUAAUUAUAAGCCGCGAGUGACACAUUCUCAUCGAAUGACUACUCUGAUCUUCCAUUCUUGAUAGGCUAGCGCCCGUUUAUCCUUUGGCUCUAAGAUGUUGGCUAAUUAGGCAUGGAAAAAGAAAUAAAAUAGAAAUAACUACAUGAGGGAAGAGCUAUUUUACCAAUCUCGUUACCAGAGUUUUCUCUUACUUAUGGGUAGGAGAGAGCCCGGCUUGCAAGGCUGCUAUUUCCACGCCAGUCUCACCUACGUUCUGGACAAGUAUCGUUGGCGACACCUGUACCAUCUCGUUAAAAAAAUCGAAAUUUAUCGCUGCGUGAUUUACCCACGAAAAUAUUCCUAUAUCUACCCCGCGAUAACGUCCUUAAUGAAAUUCUUUAUUUGUGCGCUCAUUUAGGUAAUUGUUGUUCCAAAGAGCGCGCCACCAUAAACUGAAUAACAAUUUACUCAAGAGUGACCUGUUUAUGCUUCUACGCCUUUGUGGGAAAGCCACAGAACUGAAGGGGGUUUUAGAUUGAGAGUAAUAGUUGCUUCGCGCUCGUGAAAACAUUUGAGCCGGACUUGUAGGCAAGUCUAGGCAAUAAAUUGAGUUAGCAUUUUUUAGCUCGCUGAAGUGGAAUACGUUACAUCAUAGCGUAAUGUCAUGAUAAUUGAAGACUUUAAUGUACUAUGACGUCAUGAAUUGUAAAAUUCUAAUGCCUCCUCUGCUGAAUCCAAAGCCGUAGAAGAACGAGAUGUCCAAUUCAAACUAUGAAGGAUGAAAAACAUACAAAUAGGACUGGCUAUAAGGUUAGAUUUGUUACACGUAAAAUUCUACACUGUGGAAUGAUUCCUUACUGAACUGUACAUGACCUCAACCCUUCGUACGUGGAAACGACACCAGAAGCCGCAGGUGAUGCGUAAAGCAAAAUUCUCAUUCUUGCUUGCAUUUUGCAAUGGAGCGAAAGCAGCGUUUGGUUUCCGCUUACGAGUAGGAAGCAAAAGCGGAUUCGAAGAACUAAACCAAUCACAAAGCGGGGAACGUGCAUUGUGAUUAUUUUAUCCUUCCGCUGCUGCUUCCGACUCCGACAAUCUGGUUUUCGCUAGAUCAGAAGCGAACGUAAGCGACGGAGUCGUAAGCGGAGUCGGAAGAAAUGGAAACGUUCUGAUUCUUCUGACUCCGAUUCCGUCACGCUUAUGACUCCGCUUACGACUCCGACUCCGACUCCGUCGCUAGGGAACACCAUCCGUAUAAACGGGGGGUCCCGGGUUGAAUUUAAAGAAAAUAGAAGGGCUUUUUUUCGCCAGGGAGAAAGCAAAGUGUCCGUAAUAAAGAGGUAUCCGUUUUAAGCGAGUGUCCGUAAAGGGGGUUUCACUGUACCAGGUUAGUUUUUUUGUUUGAUGUUUUGAAGUAACAUUUGCCUUGGUACGUUUUGAAUUGCCUAACGCCUUUUGAAAUUAGAGAGCUUUAGAUUCUAAGACGAGAACGACCACGAGUACGAGAUUUUAAUUUCUCAAUACUAUUACAGGGGUGCACCCGGCGCGUGAGCCAGCGUCAUUUUGGCGGGAAAACGUGGUAGCCGCCGUCAUUCUACUACGGAUUUUAGCGAGAAUGUCGUAGUGGUGAAAACAAGUUAUCAUCAACUGUUAGGAAUUUUAUCAUUUUGCAAUCGGAGAGGGCCGUUUACCUCCUUCGCAAUGAAGCUUUCUUCCUUGAAUCUGAAGCUCUCUAUCGUUGGAAAUUUCACUCCAGCUUCGUGUGAUUAUCUGGAUCUCUGAUUGUUUUACUAGAUUGUUGCAACUUAAAGUAAUUCCGUCCAGUGAUUACAUCGAGAUUUUCCACGUUUUGAGAUUGGCUAAAAGGUCUCGUGCCUCUUUUUCAACCACUCAGGGGUAAAAUCAUAUAACUACCGGUGAAUUUGUCGCACGAGCUUCCAAAUACUGUUUGUUUUUCAAUAGAAAGAUAUGGAAAGAAUAGAUAGAAAAAAAAACAUAUCUUCAAUGUCUGAUCGAUUUAUUUGAGUGUUUGCGAGUAAUGUGGUAGACAAGCGUGAUUACAGUCGAACCUCUAUAAACAGGAUCCUCUCUACCUACAACGGCCACUUUUUUUGUCCAGCAGGACAGUCCCUAUAUUGACUCUUUUUAAACCUCUCUUCAACGCCCGGCAACAGCCACUAAAGCGUGUCUCCGACUGCCAAAAUAACCUCUCGAAAACGGCCAGUUUUUUCAGCGACUGAUGAAAAAGUCAGGAAUGGUCUCGAAAUUACAUCCGUAAGGCGCGUUAAUGAUCAAUCGUGGCAUUGUAUUUUCAUCUUGUUAUAUUUAUACUGCUGCGGUAAAAAUAAAUUGUCUACAAUACUGGUUCGUUUUGUCGCAUCAACAUUUUGAUUCAAAACAUCAUUUAAUUUUUUGUGUACUUUAUCUCUGUGUAAAUCAUUUAUUAUUGAAACAUUAUGGGAUACAGUAAGCAAGAACGUAGCAAAAUAAACAUGUUGUACUCCCUAAAAAGAAUUUGCCUUAUGACACCCCUAUCUCUUCACGUAACGGCCACCUCUCUACAACGCCCACUUUCUUCUGACCCCAAGGUGGCCGUUGUAGAGCGGUUCAGGUGCCCUAUGAAACUUCCCAGUAAGUCAGGUUGCAGGUUGUAAGUUUGCUGGCUGGGAACUCUUCCAUCAGUCUUGCUGGGAGUGAGGAACAGAUAAUUUUUUUCCAGCAAUCUCCCAAAAUGCUUAAAAUAGUCUCAGAAAACUUUAUUCACGCUUUGUUGUUGUUUCUAGGUCUUUUUCUCAAAAUUUCCCGUUGGGUGCCCCUGGCGGUUCGAUUGUACUUUGCAAACAACCCUAUGAUGCUCUUGAAUUAAACAAACAAGCCUUAACAGUAUUUGUGUAUAUAUUUAAUUUUCAGGUUCUGUUGGUGACAGCUAUAUUCAUUUGUGUGGAGGGCAAUAAUUCGUUUUCAGCAUUAAAUACCACGUUUUAUACUCGUGCAAAAAGUCUGAGUAAUCAGAAGUUUGAUAAAAACGUGCCUUUGAAUGACUUAGAAAACAGAUCAGAGACUUCAACCGUCUGGGUGUCCAAUCCUUUUGCUCUACCAUUAUCCGAGGCUGAACCCGAGGGCGGUCCCGAGGCUGAGCGUGAGAUUCCAUCAGAAGAACCCGGAUCUGAACCAGAGGCCUCGGCCGAGGACUGGCCCGAGCCCGGUCCUUUCUGGCCAAAAGCGUACGAAGAAUGGGGGAUGGCUUGGGAGAUGCACGUCUACGUAUUCGCUGUCAUAUUUCUCGGGUUUGCGGUUUAUUCAUCAUACUUCAUCGGGCAUGGACUCUACGCGGGACUCGAUCAAAAAUAUCUGGGUUUCAGUUUGAACAUUGUGAUGUUCAUUUUGGGCGCCACUCGUGCAUUUGUGCUCUUUACAGACCCCUAUCUUCAAGGAACCAUGAUAAACAACGUACAUGUCAUGCGCGUAAUAUGGUCAUUGGCAAGCCCUUGUCUCACAUCAGCGGACUAUCUCGUCAUACUCUCUCUAGUGGAAACAGCGAAAAUUUCCCUCGGACCCCAAAGAAUGCAAAAGUUUAGCACCAUUAUUAAAAUAAUCCUACUUCACUUCGCUCUGGUACUGAUAACAGACUUUGUCGUUUCAGCGUUUGUCGAAGCAAAGGCCAUGCUUGUAUUUUGCCAAGUGUUUUUCAUUCUCUGGGGAACUGUACUCGGUAUUGGUUACUUCAUCCUUGCUUACAAACUAGAUAAAAAGUUCUUCGCAAAUAAAGAAGUCAAAAGUAAAAAAGAUAAAUUCUACAUUUAUCUCAUCUACGCGUCAGGGGUCAACAACUUUGUUUUGUGUAUCAUGUUCAUCUAUUCUAGCGCUGGAGUAUUUGGAGUUUACUCGGAUGUGCAAUUUGUGGGGGCCUGGCCAUGGUGGACCAUGCAAACUUGUUUUCGAGUGAGUGAAGUCUCAUCUGCGAUUCUUGUCUUUACCGUCAGCGCGAAACGAAAAAGAUUAAAGAAGAGUCAAGGGGACAAAUAUAAAGAUGCCCUUGGGGGUGAUUCGAGCCAGGAUCGAAGCCAGCAGCAGGGUGCAUCUACAACAGGAAAGGAAAAAGACAGAAGGUUGAGCCUGUUCUCUCAAUUGCACUCAGCAAAGGUGCAUGAAAAGCCUGGAAAAAACGCGAACAUAGUCCGAAAAAAACUCGAGACUCAAACUGAUAUGCUUACUGACUUGCACGAGGCCAAAAUUGAAGCUUAUUAUGCAAGUGAAGACGUAUAA